AUGCAAACAACUCAACUCACUUUCGAUCAAAGUAAAUCCUCAAUUCUCGUCUCUUUAGAUAAGAAGAAAUCUGAUCAACAUUGUAAACUUCUUUUGGAACAACUUGUUGGAAAGUUUCAAUUCAGAAAUAACAAAUAUACCUUCAGUGGAUCAUAUGAUCUUGCACAGUGGUUGGUUCUCUCUUUUGAUUCAAUGGUUAAGGAAGAUGAAAAGUUUUUCACAGAGAUUGUCAUUCCAAUAGUUGCAUACAUUUCAAUUGUGGAUGAUGCUUGUGAUGAGAAGAUUACUGACAUGUCUAUUGCAGAGAUGAAAGAACAUUGUAAGAUAUUUAGAGGAGAAACAGUUCAUGCUUCUCACUCUGCUCUCAAGAUGGGACAAUUUGUGUACAAUCUAAUCAGGGAAGAAAGAUUCGAAUGUAUUAGAAGAAAGGUUUUGGAAUUCCUGGUGACUGGAACUAAUCUAAUUGAAAAGGCAAAAAAUAAUAAUGGACCAAUCACUGAAGAAAUAUUGGCUAACUUUUUAGAGGAAAGAAGAAUUGACUCCAUGGCCUCUCUUUUCUUUACUAUCAACAAUAUCUUUAACAAGAUUCCAUUAGAAAUUGAAAGAUGCGAUAAUGUGCUCAUUCAAUAUAAUCACAUGGCAUGUGAUACGAUAAGUUUAUUGAAUGAUGUUGCCUCCAUUGCAAAAGAUACCCAAAAGAAACUUGUCAACAAUUAUGUAAUAUUGAAUAAGGGAAUGAAAGAGAACUUAUCGUACAGUGAAUUGAAACAACUCCCAAUUGAAGCAUUUGAAUCUUCCGUGAAUGAAGUUUUAGAAUUAAUCAAUGCUAAUUUGUUUCAAAUGCAAACUAUCAAAUCCUCCAAUCCAUCCUUCUCCACACAAUUCGGUUCAAUCGAUGAGGUCAUGAAGGGAUACUGUAAUUACAAUCUGCAAUUACAAUAUCAAUUUUUUCUUUUGAUAAUAUCUUAA